UAGUCUAUUUGACUGAUAUAGCACUUAAUGGAUGUAUUUAUUAUUUAACUGGUAUAUAUUCUGAAUGAAGUAUAAUGAUCAUGUUGAGUCGUGGUGUCAUUCUUUUCCAGUUUUCUCUGCUAUUCGGAGUUUUGCUCCUUUCCCUCACGGAUGCUCUGACAGAACAGAGGCAUAAAGGCUGUUUGCCUCAGCAUGAGUUCACGGUCCAGGCCAAGAAGCUCCUGCGGCGGGCAGGUCGGCACGCUGAACACCGAGCAGCAGCGGCCCGGUCUGCCCCCACCGCGUCCUGCUCCGAUUUCACCCAGAUUUUCUCACAUGAGCUCAAGAACAGAUCACUGUCUCCAUGGCGAUCAAGCUUUGAGACUGAUCAUAGUCUCAUCCCUCCGGUAUAUGAAGUGGCCGAGUGUCUGUGUUCCGGCUGCAUCAUUGACGGCUCAGAAAACACCGACUACAACUCCGUCCCCGUGAUGCAGAGCGUCAUGUUCCUGAAGAAAAUCUCGUGUCUCUCUGAUCCGGAUAACUACUCUUACAAUGUGGUGUAUAAAACACUCCCAGUGGCGUGCACGUGUGUCAUGCCCAGUAAUACCCUCUUGUAGAGGCAUUAACGUUUAACCAAGACAAAAAAAAGGUAGAGACGUGUCUCAUGUAUGGUUGUGUUUGUUUUAAAAUGCAAAACUGUAAUUUUUUUUGUGUGUAAAUAGCACUAAGUGCUAUGCUUAUGUUCCAUUAGCUGCAUUUUCAGCAUGAAAUUACAGUGCAGUCAAAGUUGCAGUUGGGUACAUUGUUGUACA